AUGCUACAUACAAGCGAUGGUCUUGAGUUUGCUUUUCUUGGAGAAAGUAAUGGUACAAAGGAAAUGAAAUUAGUCUCUUCUGAUGCUAAAGAUAUGUCUCAGUCGCAAGUUGAGUUUUCAGAAGAUAUUGUGAAUCUCGUCGUUGAAGACAGUGAGAUAGAUGAAGAUUGCAGUAUUUGGGGAAAACCUAAGAGAAAAGGUAGCAGUAUUUUCCGAAAACCUAAGAGAAAGGAAGAGACUACAACAAUUAUACUACAAGAAAACCUGCAAUUUGCAACUCCAAUAUUAGUCCCAAAAUGGUUGCAAACAAGGUUGUUACGACUACUUAGUGACGAUAUUAAACCGUCGCUAAAUAAUAAAGUCGCAAAAUGGUCGCCGAUUAGCGACGAAUUGCGGACGCGUUCUGUUAGUCGUAAAUAUGCGACUGUAUUGUGA